UUCAAGUAGUGCUCGAGAAUUUUUAGAAAAAAAAUUAAAAAAAAUGUGUCCAAAUAGUGGAAAUACUAGUGGUACUGAUUGUAAUUGUAUGAAUACCACGACAUCACAAAAUAGUGGUGGUACCGAAAUGCCAAAAUGUUUAGAUGACGUUACACAAAGUGAGUAUAAAAAGCAGUGCGAGUGUACGUCACCGGCCAAACCCGUGGCGGCAAAGCCAGUGGAUACCAAGUCAGUGGAUUCGGCACCAGCUAGUACGUCACAACAGGACGCGUCACAAUCACAAACACAAACGUCACAUAAUGGGACACAAACGACACAAGUAUCCGCCAAUACACCAGGACAAACAACAUCCUCAACUGGUGGUGGUGUAAAUGAUCCACCUGGUGAACCUAGUGGUAACCAAGGUGGUAAUAACCAAACUGAUCCAGGUAGUACUGUUUCUAAUGGUUCUGCGAGUGGUACAUCUGGUCCUACAACUCCUGUUAGUCUUGGUGGUACUGGGACUAGUAGCAACGGCCAAACUAAUGGACAAAUUCCUGGUAGUUCCCCUUCUCCUGCUUCUUCUGGUAGUCAUAACCCUGAUGCUAGUGGUCCUCCUACGGCUCCUGGUGUUCAUCCUGCUACUCCAGAUUUAUUUAAAGAUUUGGAUACAUGUCUAUUAAAUGAAAAAGAUACAUGUAACAAAUAUAAGACGAGUUCUUGUCGAAAAAAAAACUUUAGUAAGGAUUUAGAGUUUUGGAAUAAAAAUUUUCUAAAAGAUUCUACAAUUAUAAAUUCUGGAGUAUUAGUUCCUCCAAGACGAACAAAAAUAUGUUUUACAAACAUAAAUACGUGGAAAAAACAUACUCGUAUAAGAACUCAAGAUGAUUUCACAAAACUUCUUCUCGACGCUGCAUCAACUGAAGCAAAAUUAUUAAGCGAAUAUUAUAACCCAGAUAAUAAAAAGGUUCUUCAAGCAAUGAAAUAUAGUUUUGCCGAUUUAGGUGAUAUGGUAAAAGGUGAUGAUAUGCUAGAAGAUCUUCGUACAAGAAACGUUAAAGAAAUAUUCGAAAAAAUAUGCCAAAAUGACAAUCAGUGUAAAAUCAGCAAUACAAAGGAUGAAGAAAUAAAAAAAAAACGUAAAACUUGGUGGGAUAAUAAUAAAAAAAAAGUCUGGAAUGUUAUGAUGUGUCAUUAUAAGGGAGAUGAAAAGAGCAAGCAUUGUGACGACUACAAAGAAAUUGAUAACGAAGAUCAAUUUUUGAGAUGGAUGACGGAAUGGUCACGACAGUUUUGUGAAGAAAAAAUAACCAAAACCUCAACUUUACAAAAAUUGUGUUUAGAGAAAAAUAAAAACAUACAUAACUCACAAAUUAUAAAUAAACCAUCUGAUCAUAAUUGUAUAAGUUGGUACAAUACAUAUAAAGAUUGGCUUCGUAGUAAAAAAGAACAGUGGAAAGCAUGGGAAGAAAAAUACAAAAAAUACAAAGAAAAAGAAAAAGAAAAUGUAAAGGAUAGCACACAAAGUGUUUCUUCCCCACCUGGAACAUCAUCACAAAAAGGUGCUGAAGAUUAUAUAACAAGCAAAUGUGAACAAUGUAAAUGUAACAUUAAUAAUUUGGAUAAGAUGUAUGAACAACUAGAUAAACCCAAUAUAGACUCAAUUAAAAAAAUCGUUAAAGAAGUUCAUGAGGAUAUACCUGAACUAAAACCCCGAAACCUAGAUGAGGAUAUUAAAUCUAUGAAUGAUUUUCUUCAAAAUGUUACAACGCUCGCACAAACUAUUGAGGAAAAAAUAAAUCCAGAAGCAAGCAAAUUAAACCAAAAUAAAAACCAAUCAAACAAUUCUCAAGGUUCUGGUAUUCUUACUGAUUUGUGGAAAGCAAUAAAAGAUGCAGUUUUACCUCGUGUGGCUGAUACUGUACUACUGGGGACUUAUGAAACAAUGGAAGCUAUUGAUGCUGCUACAUCUGUAAUUCCUACUGCUGCAGAAGCUGGAUUUAAAGCUGGAAUAGUUGCUUUAGAAAAAAUAAAAACCAUGCUUGAUGCUACUAAACCAAAAAUAGCCAAAUUAGUAGAUCCAAAAACGCCUGGAAUAAAUCCCGAAACUGUGGUAACAUCCACUGUUCCUGUUGGAAUAAGUGUUGCCUUAGGAUCGAUCGCUCUAUUAUAUUACAUAAAGAACAAGCCCAAAAUUCCAACUACGAAACUUUUUCGUGUUAUUGAUAUCCCUCAAAACGAUUAUGGUAUACCAACAAAAAUAUCGACGAAUAGGUAUGUUCCCUAUAGUCGUUAUAAAGGCAAAACAUACAUAUAUGUUGAAGGAGACGAACCAGAUGAUUAUAUUGGUGAUAUAUCUUCUUCUGAUAUUACUUCGUCAUCAGAAACUGAAGUGGAAGAGAUGGAUAUUAAUGAUAUAUAUAAACCACUAGAUCCUAAAUACAAAACUUUGAUCGAAGUGGUACUAAAACCAAGUAGGAAAACAACACAUGAUGUACAGGAUGAUACAUAUAUGUAUCAAAAGCAUAACAACAACAAACUUACAGAUAAUGAAUGGAAUCAACUGAAAGAGAAUUUUAUUUCACAAAAUUUAGAAAACAUACAAAAGGAUUUACAUAAUGAAAAUAUCAUUGAUGAUAAUAUGUAUAAGGAUACAUACCUUAAUAAUGUGGAUAAUAGGUUUGGAGAAAAACCUUUUAUUACAUCUAUUCAAGAUAGAUUUCUUAAUAGUAAUCGUGAAGAUGUUACUUAUAAUAUUGAUUGGAACGUUCCCGAAAAUAUUAAUAGUACUACCAAUAUCAUGAAUAAUCCAAAAUAUGUUUCAAAUGAUCAAUAUACUGGAAGUGAUUUAAUUAAUGAUUCUUUAAAUAGUGAUCAACAUAUUGAUAUAUAUGAUGAGUUACUCAAAAGGAAAGAAAACGAAAUGUUUGGAACAAAACAUACAAAAACUUUAAGUAGAACAAAUAGUGUUGCAACAAAAAAACACAAUGAUUCGUUAAAAAGUCCAAAUACAUUUAUGUAG